UGUAGCCGACAUCCCCAUAUCAAAAACAAGCAGCUAAGUGGCGUCGGCUAGCACCCCUGACUAACAGCAGACAGUUGGCCCGCAGCCGGCGGAUCGUCACCUCAACUUUUGGGAAGCAACUUUUAGACCCACACGAGUUGUUGACCGCAGUUUGACGGACCAACUCCCCCCUAAAGUCAUGGCGUGUGGAGCCACCCUGAAGAGGACCAUGGAUUUCGAUCCUCUGAUGAGCCCUACGUCCCCUAAAAGACGCAGAUGUAUCCCCGUGUCCCAUUCGUCGUCCUCCUCCUCAUCCCCUAGGAAGUACCUAAGCAUGGAGCCCUCUCCAUUCGGAGAUUCGUCCUCGAGGCUUAGUGCAGAACAAAUCCUCAACAGCAUCAAGCAGGAGUACAAACGCAUUCAGAAGAGGAAGCAUCUAGACGCAGGCUACCAACAGUCAGAGGGCUGCUAUUCUCCAGAGUCCCCGUCCCAGUCGUCCACUAUGAAUGUUUCCAGCAUGCCAGGAACGUCCUCUGGAGGCGUUUCCCCUACUAGAAAAGAACAGCCGUUAUUCACCCUCAGACAAGUCGGAAUGAUCUGUGAACGGCUGCUGAACGAAAAGGAGGAGACGGUGCGAGAGGAGUACGAGGAGACCAUGACUUCCAAACUGGCAGAACAAUAUGACACCUUUGUGAAGUUCACACAUGAUCAGUUGAUGCGGCGAUUCGGGGAGCAACCUGCGAGCUAUGUUUCCUGAGUGUGGCCCAGAAAUCUGUUGCAAGGCAUCCUUCUCUUGCUGCAAGCUAUCAUGUGAUAUCUCAAGAAAGAAGAAAAAAAAAGCUCAUCAUUGUAAGAGAUUUAGUUUAGCUAGUUUAAAUGAAAUUUUUCUUACUGUGCCAUAUUUCUGUCUUUGGGCAAAGGUUUAUAUGAAGCGGUUGGCAGUUGUUACCACUCUGUUGUUAGCAACUAGGUGCUUCCUUAUGUACAUUAAUGGAUCCUAUUUCUACCAGUGGCCUAUGUUCCUCCUGCUGUACGUGUAUCUGCAGUUAUCUCACUUUUGUAACGAUUCCCAGCAUUCCAGGCUUUGUCACUUGUUGUCUGUUUGUUACAUGUAAAUAUGAUAAAGCAGUGCAAGAGUUGUACUUAAAAGGUUUGCUGGUCAAUCUGAGGAAGGAACAGCAGAACAGAGUGAAUGUGUUUGCAGUUUUUCCUGUUCAUUACUUUUUAAAGUUGAGCAUAAGUGGGCUGAUUAGAAUUUUUGUUCUCCCUACCAGUGUUUUAUUUAUUUUGACUUGUUUUUUCUGGUAUCACUUUGAA